UCUGCGCACACACACGGAACAAUACGGCAGUCCGCACUAAACACAGCACACGUGUUUGCGUCCACACCCCGAGUGCGUGCUGCAGCUCACGAACUUAAGCCGAACGGACAACACUUCAACUGUCACAAUAGUUUACUGCCGUCUUGUUUUGUGCCUUAGAAAAACGCGUUAUCUUACCGUAAUAUCAUCGAUGAAGAUUCAGAGUCUCCGUGACGUUCGUGUUUGCGCAAGUUUGAGUAGUUUGCUACUUCACCGCGAGCAACAAACAGCGUAGAGCAAUGAUUUUAGUGAGAUUACCAACAAGAAUAUGCUCUUUAAUCAUACUCAGGGCCGCGCUGAGGCAGGCCCACUCCUCGGUUCCGCCGCAGCCGGUGCCUCCGCUCCUCCAGACGCUGCAGCGCUACCUGACGGCCCUGGAGCCGCUCCUGCCGCCGGACGAGCUGCAGCACACCCGCAAGAUCGUGCAGAAGUUCGGCUGCCCUGGAGGUCUGGGCGAAAAACUGCAAAGAGAGCUGAAUAAGAGAGCAAAGCACUCUCACAACUGGAUUUCAGAUUGGUGGGUGCAGUGGGCAUACCUGGAGUGCAGGCAGCCCUUGGCAGUGCAUUCGAACCCUGCCAUCUCUUUGCCCAAACGUGACUUCACUGACUGGAGAGGUCAACUAGUGUUUGCAUCGAAGCUAAUUGCAGGAGUGUUGGACUUCAAAGCUCAGGUGGACAGUGGGAGGCUGGAGGUAGAGUACAUGCGCGGACAGCCAUUAUGUAUGGAGUUGUUUCCUCUGUUGUUCUCCUCCUGUCGAAUCCCAGGACCCAAACAUGACCAUGUGAUUCACUAUGGACGUCCACGCCGUGGCCCAGCUCACAUUACAGUGGUCAGGAACUACCAGUUUUUCCAGCUGGAUGUUUACAACAGCGAUGGAACACCAUUGACAGAAAGUCAGAUCCAUGCUCAGCUGUUGCGGAUCCGCUCUCAGUCAUGGAAAACCGAUAAGGAACCAAUGGGGAUUUUGACCAGCGAGCAUCGUCACACCUGGGGUCAGGCUUACACGCGCUUGCUCAGAGAUAAAAUCAAUAAAGAAUCUGUGAGGCUGAUAGAGAAAUCGAUCUUUACGCUGUGUUUGGACUCUCCAGUUAUGAGGAUUUCUGAUGACAAGUAUUCUAGUCGAAUGGCAGCACAGAUUUUGCAUGGCGGUGGGACUUUCUCAAACAGCGGCAAUCGCUGGUUUGACAAGACGCUACAGUUUGUUGUUGGUGAGGAUGGGUCUUGGGGUCUCUUGUAUGAACAUGCGACAGCUGAAGGUCCACCUAUAGCCACAUUGUUGGAUCAUGUACUGGAAUACUGUAAGAAACCGGACAGAAUGCGAGCUCCUUUGAUUCCUCUGCCCAUGCCCAAGAAACUCUACUUCUACAUCAAUUCUGAGAUCAAAUGGGAUCUAGAGAUGGCCAAGCAGAACCUGGAUAUUCUCAUCAACGAUUUGGACAUCAAAUGUUUUAACUUCCAGCGCUUUGGAAAAGAGUUUGUCAAACAACUUAAGCUGAGUCCGAACUCCUUCAUCCAGGUGGCGAUUCAGCUGGCCUACUACCGAGUCCACAGUGAAGUGUGCGCCGCCUGCGACAUCGCCUCUCUGAGGAUGUUCCGGGGGGGAAGAACAGACUACAUCCGCUCUCCGACCAAUCAGAUGCUGAGCUUCAUACAGGCCUUUGACGAUGAUGCCGUUUCUAGAGAAGCUAAGGUGCAGCUGCUGAGAGGGGCUGUUGAUGCGUACAGCAUCCUCACAGAGCAGUUGCUGAUGGGGCAGGGUAUAGACCGCCACUUGCUGGGUCUUAAACUUCAAGCCAUCGAGGAGGGACUGAGCGUGCCCCGAAUCUUCAUGGACACGGCCUAUGGACUUGCCACUCACUGGAAACUCCGAACAGGACAGGUGCCCUCCAACACAGACAGUGUGAUGUGUUUUGGACCGCUGGUUCCAGAUGGCUAUGCAGUCUGUUACAAUCCACAGCAAGAUCACGUCCACUUCUCUGUGACUGCCUUCAACUGCUGUGAGGAAACCAACGCAGAGAAGCUGGCUCUCACAUUGGAAAGAUCGCUGCGUGAUCUCCAGGAGUUAUUUCAGCCCACCGUCUAGACAUUCAGAGAUGGUUUUAACACUCUAAUCCAGCGUCGUGGCAGCUUCAGGAACACAGUCUUUAAUACGAGGUGAACAGAAUGCACUCCUGAACGUGCCAGGCUUUGUUAAACGAGUGGAAUUCAUGGAAGCUUGAAUGAAGUACAGCACUUUUGAGCACCUGAGAUGCAGGUGUACAUGUAUGAUGGACCAUUUGCUAAUAAGAAAUACAUCACUAUUUUUGGUAUUUUAAGAACAGCCACGAAAGCUUAAACCAGUAAUCUAAUGUAAUACCAAACUUAAAGGCGCUUAAAAUAUGAAAUUAUCUCAUUUUGUGCAUUUGGGUUCCUCUACAGCAUGUAGUUUCAACUAAGUCUGAUUUUGUGUGACAUGUUACAUACCAGCAGUUCAAUUUGAUGAACACUUCUUCCUCGUUAAAUGUGUGCUUUGUCAGGAAGUGGCCAAAUAUUUAAAUCACACGCAUAUGUUCGUGUGAAAUGACUGAUUGUCUUACAAAAUCAGUUCUUGUUACUGUUUAAGCAUACAGGAGAUGUCUGUUACUCAUUAUGUCCUAAAAAAAAAAUAAAAAAAUAAGAAGUUUGUUGUCUGGUAAUUAAUUGAGUACAGUAACAAAUGAGUUUUCUUUUAGAAACCUGUGCCAGAGUUCUCCAAAUCUCAGGGAGGACAAGGAGUAAUUCCUGCUAGUUGCACCAAAAUGGUUUCCGGACCUGUUACAAUAUGGAUAAUCUUGCCAUAUUGAUAUAAAAAUACAAAGUGUAAGAAAAUAUAUUCCAUUCAUUUUAAUUAACAAUAUUCAGUGCAUUAAACAUUACGUUAUGUGAAGGUUUCUCAAAGGUUUGUAAAAGUACUUUUUUUUUUUUUUUUUUUUUUAAGUAUUUUAUUUGUUUACUUGCUUGUUAUGUGACCAUUAACCAACAUCAGAGAACCAUGAACAUGCAAAUGUGAUAAUUAUUAAAAUAUGUAUUUUGAAUAUUUCAGGGGAAUUCAAGUAAAUAUAUUAGGUGAAAGAGCUUCAGAUUACAAAAAAGUUUGGAAAUGCCUGGAAAUGUUACAUGUAAAUAAGAAAUAACAUUAAGUGUUUGAAAGACUAGUGACAUAGUAAUAGAUUGUUAAAUGAGUUGAUGUGUUCAUCAGUAGCUGAUGCAAUGUUGAAACGCUUCUUAAACCUGAAAUGAUUUUUGUAAGUCCGUUGGUCAAAUGCUGUGCAAAUCCUGACUAAUGACUAUUGCGUGAAUGUCCAUAGAACUGGACGACUUUUUAAGUGUAUUUCAGCUGUAGGCUAUUUUACAAAGGAACAUUUAAAAGAGGAAUUAGGGAGAAUCAAUUCUGAAUAAUUUAUGUAGCCAUGUAAUCAAUAACAUUUUAAAAACGAGUCUGAUUAUGAGUAUUUUAAAAUGUAAUUUUAUCUAGAAAGCUCUGCUGGCUUUCUCUUUGGGGUGUUUUGUAAAAUGCAAUUAAAUCAAGAAUCUGUGAUUUUGUUCGUUCUCUUUAACUUUUAUUUAAUUGACUAAAGUACAAAGAAAAGAUUUCCAGUGUUUUCAGUGGCCACCUUAAUUUCAUUUUGUAAAUCUAAACAGAUUUUGAUAAAUGCAACAGGAACAAACACACUCCUCACGCUUCUGUUCACAAAAAACUGUGCGCUCUUGUUAAUGUUUUGGAUAUUUUAACAAAUAUUUAGCAAAUACAGUCUAAUCAAUUCUCUCUUGAUUUUGUUGACAUUUUUUGCUCCUCCUGAGGUAAACAUCUUAGAAAUCAUACUAAGUGAUGUUUUUUU